ACGUUGUCUGGCCAAAAACAUGAUGAAUAGAAGAAAUUAACUUCGUCAGAUCAGAGCCUAGUUCCAGAAGAUAUUUGCCACUAUCUAAUUUUACUCAGCUUCUUGGCCAUAAUUUUCAGGUUGUUGAUUUGUUGCAGGCUGCUGAGAUAGAGCAGAUCACAAGCAAUUCAAGAUUGAAACUAGAAACUGAACCCAAGAUAGCUGUUAGCUUGGGACUGGAACUAGUUACUUUUGAAUUUGGAAAAAACAGUUGAAAACAAUGGGAAAAAGUGGAAGAUCAGAUGACAAGAAUGUUGCAAUUGAUGUUGGACCAAUGUUAUCUUCUCUGAAAGAUGAAUUGAUGAAUGCUCGUCUAUCCAUGGCAUCAAGCUACUGCAUCUUCAAAACCCCAAGCAUACUCUUCAGGCACAGAGAAAACUCAUUUCUCCCCAAUUGCUUUUCAAUUGGGCCUGUGCACCACGGCAAAGAGAAUUUGGUAGUCACUGAAAAAAUCAAACUCAAGUACUUGAAAGGUCUUCUGUCCAGAGUGAUUACAAGUACGGAGAGAAAGUCCGAAGAAGCCAAGGAGAUUGAGCAAGAGGAGAUUUUAACUGAUUUCAUUGAUACCGUAAAGUUGAUUGAGAAAGAGACUAGUGGUUACUAUGCAGGAGAUGAUUAUGCAGCAAAAUUAGGUGAUGAAUUCGUAAAAGUAUUGGUGCUCGAUGCUUGCUUCAUUAUUGAGCUAUUCCGUAAGGAUGCUGGAGAGAUCACCAAAGAGCAGGAUGACCCAAUUUUCUCCAUGUCCUGUAUGCUCCAAUUUCUGCAUCAUGACUUGAUUUUGCUAGAAAACCAGAUACCCUGGUUUGUACUUGAAGCCUUGUUUCAAAAAACCAAGCUCCCUUCGGAAACCAAGUCCCUGAUUGAACUUGCCCUUCUUUUCUUUGCUAACAUGUUCUCAUCUUCUUCACCUCCUAUAAAAACAGGCCUUUUUGCGGGCCAAAACAUCAAGCAUAUUCUUGAUUUGUUAAGGUUAUCCUUGGUUUUACCAUCGGAAGAAAUAAAAAACCACCCAAGAUCUGGAUGGCAACCUAUUCAUACUGUCACUAGACUCCAAGAAGCAGGUGUGAAAUUCGAGAAAGUUACACCAGAUAGUAUCUUGGAUAUAAAGUUCAGCAACGGUUCUCUUCAAAUUCCAUCCCUGCUAAUUCAAGAGACAACAGAAACAAUCUUACGCAACCUGAUCGCGUAUGAGCAGUGUUUGCCACAUUGUGCACCUAUUUUCACUUGCUACGCCAAGGUCUUGGAUAACCUUAUUGACACCACCAAUGACAUGGAUAUACUAUGCAAGAGCGAAAUUGUCGAUAACUGGCUGAGUCCUGAGGAUGCAACCCAGUUUUUCAAUAAGCUGUACAAUGACACUUAUGUCAAGGAAUUCUAUUACUCUAAACUUUGUAAUGAACUGGACGUUCAUUGCAAACGACGGUGGCCUACAUGGCGUGCUUACUAUGUGCACAACUAUUUUACCAAGCCCUGGGCCAUUGCUGCUCAAAUUUACGCUGUUAUCAUGUUUGUUCUCACCUUGUGGCAAACCUACAUCAAAAAGGAUUGAUGAUUCUCCCUUUGCCUGAAAAGUGUGUCUAUAUUAUUCAGUUGCUUGUUUUGAUAUGUAAA